GGGCGGGGCCGGGCGGCGGGCUGACGUCACGGGGGGCUGGCGCUGCCCGCUGGCGAGGCCGUGCGGGGCGGCGGCGGCGGCGGCGGCGGUUGCGGGGCCAGCGGCGGCAGAUUAAGCAACAAUGGCAUUUGUGAAGAGUGGAUGGCUUCUCCGGCAAAGUACUAUUUUACGGCGUUGGAAGAAGAACUGGUUUGACCUGUGGUCUGAUGGGCGCUUAAUAUUCUAUGAUGAUCAAAAUCGCCAUGAUAUAGAAGAUAAAAUCCACAUGCGAAUCCAUUGCAUCAACCUCAGAGUGGGGAAUGAAUGUCGAGAUUUCCAGCCUCCAGAGGGGAAACAGAGAGAAUGUUUACUGCAGAUUGUUUGCCGUGAUGGGAAGACAGUCAACCUCUGUGCAGAGAGUGCAGAUGACUGCCUGGCAUGGAAAAUUGCUCUCCAGGAUGCCAGAACAAACACAGGCUACGUGGGAUCUGAUGUGAUGUAUGAUGAGACAGCCAUUUCCUCAGCCCCUCCUCCCUAUACAGCUUAUGCCACACCAUCACCUGAGGUUUAUGGCUAUGGCUACGAUCAGUACAAUGGCGCGUAUCCCCCUGCUGGUUCUCAGGUCUUCAUUGCCUCCAGCGGACAAGCUUAUGCUGUUCCCUAUCAGUAUCCAUACCAAGGUCCUUAUGGCCAACCCCCUGCAAACCAUGUCAUCAUUCGAGAGCGUUACCGUGACAGCGAUGGAGAUCUUGCACUGGGCAUGCUUGCUGGAGCAGCAACUGGAAUGGCUCUGGGAUCGUUAUUCUGGGUCUUCUAGAUUACCUGUUCCUUAUCUUUGUAGUUCCAAAAACCUUUAUUGUGUGCAAUAAUAUAUUGGCAAUGUUGUUUACUGUUAAACUUUAAGAAAUGCAGUAGUUAUUUUUCAGUAGUGAUAUCUUAAUAACUGAUUCUUAACUGUCCUAAGAGUUUAAAGGCACCAUUUAGCUAAGUGGUUGGAGAUGGCAUGUGCUGCUCUUGAAUUCUGUUCUGAUGUUUGGAGUUACAAGGAUCUGUACUGAUAAGGAUCAGUAUGAGCACCAAUGUAACGUGGUAGCAGUCACUAGCUUUAUGAACAGACUGUUAUUGUAAACACCAUAGAAAAAAAAUGGAUUUUUGGGGAGGUCUAAAAUCUGGUCCAAAUAGGUGGUUUAUAGGAGCUCUGCAUUAGUAUGUGUACUAAUGGCUUCUGAACAUUCCCUGGACAAACAUAUAGCUCAGCAGAAGCUCCUUGGCAUUAUGUGGUCUGCCAUGCUUGAGGAUUUUUUUGUUUUCAUACUUGCCUGCAGAUGGUAGUGUAUUUUUGCAGAUGGAGUCCUAUACCUGUCUCUCACACUAUCCAGGUGAACUUGUCUUUGAGAACAUAUAAGCAAACCACUAAGAAGCGGCAGCACUCCUCAGUUGUUUCAUUUUCCCAGAAAUGUGAAUGAGCAGUGGCAAGGAAGACCAAUGUUUGUUGUCCCAUCACCCUCUUUAUCCUGAAUCACUCUUCUCUGGUCAGAUGGAAGUAAUGAAUCUUCAGCUUUGCAAGUGGUCUUCCUUGUCUGUAGAACAGUCAUCCCAGACACUGUGCCAACUGCAUUUCUGAGGAAGAGGCUAUUGUCUAGUGUCUCUGCUCAUUACUGCUAUUGUUCUGCAGAGUCUGCAGGAGGAGAACUUGAACAACCCUUGCCCUGUUGGGCCUACCAGAACCCCUCUGCAGGCAGUGAUAGUCAAGAGGGGAGAGACAAACAGCACAAGUAGACCCUGCACACAGGCACUUUGAUAGCAGCUGCCUUGCCAUGGCUAGGGUAGCACAUCUGCCUCUUAGCCUCCAAGGUUUCCUGAACCUGGUUUGUUGUUUGCAACUAGUUUUGCGCACAGCUGAGCCUGGGUUUGUUCUGUGCACAGUCCCCUCUCACAUUCAGCAGGUCUCUUCUUCCCUCCCUGCCUUGUUAAAGAAAACACUCCAAGGAACGUGGCUGGCUUUACUUGUAUGUCUGGUUCCUUAUCCAGUGUGCUCUUGCAGGCUGCUGUGCUAUGGACUGUAACCUGGAGUACAACUCUUACAUGCGUUAUGCAGCCUGUUACCUUAUCCUGUUAUAAUCCAUGCUGAGCUGUGCUUGGCAGGGGAAAGAAAGCUCUGAAGAGAAAUGCACAUGCUUUCUUAUUCAGGUAAAAGAGGCAGGGUGCCUAAGUUGAGUUCUUUAUAGUAAGAGGACUUAUUUUUAUACUUCUACUUUCAGCUUCCUGUAUUCAUACAGUUCUAAUAUGUUAAGUCUUUCUUAUGCUUUCAUUCAGAAGUAAGUUAAUUUCCUCAGUUCAUGGGGUUUCAGGUAUGUCAGGAAAGAUGAAAAUAGAUGAUACCUUGCACCCAUAUAAAUUCAGAUCAAGCCCCAACCUUUUCCAUUUCAUCCUAAAGCUAUCCUGGCUCUAUCCUACAUAUUUAAGCAAUAGAGGUCUUGGAAAAUAGUUUGGGUAGCAGCAAGGGGAAGAACUAAGCUUUCAUGACUCUUAGGAUCAACUCAGCAGACUGAAAUCAUUGGAAGGAAACAGAAGGAUGUCAUUUUGGCUGCAGUACUCGUAGUGAGCCUAAUCCAGGGAAUGUAAACUUCUUUCAAGAAACUUUGGCUCAGAGCAGUACACCAAUGUGCAUGCAUGUCCUUUCACAGAUUAAUACAAGCUGCAUAUGUUCUCCCAGUGGUACAUGCUGAAAGGACUUGGUGGAGGUUCAAAAGAGGACUAAAGCGAAAGUUUCCUAUUGCUAGUCCAAACCAAAAGAAAUUGGAGUACACUACUGAAGUUCUUAAGGAGGCCUGGUACCCUUGAAGUCAGAAAGAGAUGGUGACUGGAACUUAAGUGAACAAACAUUUCAAUCAUUUUUAAGCCUUGAGAUAACCUUGAAGCUGAUUACAGGUCUACGCUGCUGUUUAGUUUGUGCUUUGCAAUAUAACUAGUUCUGCAGAAUGCUUCUAUUUUCUCCCUGUGUGAUACUUAGCUUUUAAGGGGUGGGAAAGAAUAAAAGAAUUGAUCAUUAUUGUGAUUUGUUUUGAAUUUCAAAAUAAUUGUGAAAGAAUAGCACAAAGUGAAUCAGCUAGUAAUUUAAGUUUAGUGUUUUACUAUGUGAGGGUUUGGGUUUUUUGUUUGUUUGGUUUCGUUGUUUGGUUUUGUUUUUUUUUCUUUUUUGCAAGAGCUGUUGAUCACAGCAGGAGAACAUGUCUUGUGCUUUCAGUAGAUAACCACAUCUAGGUCCCCAGUUUCCUCAAGCGAAGUAUGUAAGAUAAAGACUGUUGAUUGCAAAACAUUCCUGGGCUGAAUUCAAAGCAAGAAAUGAUCUUUUUAAAAGUUCAAACUGAAGUAAGUCUCCAUUAAAAGAAUAAUCUUAACCCUUCUCAAGGGGAAAAACAAAAAUUACAAACUGAAGAUUCUAGUUCUACCUUGGUAACAAUAGGCUGCUUUUAUACAAAAAUCUUGAGCUACUUUACUAUCCUAGUAGCAUAGGCAUUUAGAAGCUAGAAAGCAAACGUACAAAACUGCUAAAGCAUAAAAUCAAGACAGUAGGUAUCUUAUUGCAGGUGCUUGUAACCUUUCUGAUCUCACUGCAGGAAUAGAAAUGAAAAUGUCUUGGUGCACAAAGCAGCAGCAUUGGGAUAGCCAAUUGAAUUCACUGCUUGUUAAAGCACAUAGACUUGCUUCCUGAAGACAUGGUCAUACCUCCUGUGGCUCAGGAACAGAGUGGAGGUUUGGUUAUAUCUGUAAUAAUGCCUGGCUGGAUACAUAGUCUUGACUCAAGAGCCUUUCUCUGCCCAGUCCAGUACUGCAUAUAGCUGCUGGUGUGAGCUGAAGGAGAAGGGCCAGAGUGGAUUUUGGGGCUUGGAGGGACUGCCAUGCCAGUUUCUGAUACUAUAGUGCUGGAAAGAGGCAGCAGGUAUGGCCAGAUCAUUUUCAAAACACUGAAAUGAUAGUCCUAAACAGGUGUUUGGUGACUCCUGUUACACCUGCACAGCACCCAAGCACAUGCUUUCCUACAUGGGGCCUAAUACCUGACCUGCCUAAAGCUAUGGGAGCUCCACAGCCACUACAAUGACACUGUUUUCUGCAGUGUACACUAUCAGUUGAGGAUGACUAAAUCUGUUGUGUAGCAGUUACAGUCUGUUCAGAAUUAAAUGGCAGUGCUUACAGAGGUCAGGAGUCUGUGUUGAUCUUUGACUGGUUACUUUUGGAUUCUUAGUUAUAGACAGCUGGACAGAGUCAGGCUUCCAGAGAGUGGAGUGGAAACACUCAGCCUUCUGGUAAGUCCAACUACAUUAAAGAGGUGGACCAGGGCCUCCCUCUCCAGUUCUUAGUUACACGUGAAAACAUAGCUGGUGGCUUCUUUUGCUUAAACGUGGGGGGCUAGGGAGCCAGCGUCGUCCGUUGAGUGGGUAUAAAGGUAGAGAGGAAGGGGUGGAAAGUGUUUAUGUACAGAGCAACUGCAGUGACUUUUGGCAAAGACACAUCUUUUCUAGUGCUGAAACACAUUCUGAGCUGCAUCUAGAUGGAGCUAGCCUAAAUGUCACACAACACUGGCUUAAUUUUGUUUGUUCUUCAGUGGAGGUUCUAUUGAAGGUUCUAUGGAACCUGCUAAACAAGCUGAGUAAAGGAGAAAAUUCACACCCGCAAUCCUCAAAUGUGUUUGUGGCUUUUCCUCCUCAAGAUGUGACUUACGAGAGGUAACAUGCAAGUCCUGGAGGGUAGCAUGCAGCAAAUGUUCUCCCCCACCCCCUGAUCCUUCAGGUUCAUGUGCACUCUCUUAAAUGCUGUUUUACUCUAUGUCCUCAUUCUCAUUGUUAAUUUACAGCAAAAUACCCUUAGCAAUAAAUUAAUAUUUAAGUGUAA